GAAUCUUUUAGUACAAGAUUGAAAAAUCUUCAGGAUUUGGCCUCAACAAAUAUAUAUUUGUCAAACUUACCACUGGAUAUGAAUGAACAGCAACUUGAGGAGCUAUUCCAUCCUCAUAAAGUUGUUUCUAACAGGAUACUCAGAGACGCUAAUGGAACAAGUCGUGGUGUUGGUUUUGCCAG